AUGACGGAUAAUCACACAGAGGCUAAAGCCUCAACCACCACGAAAUCUCCCAUUGAGCGCAAGCCCGUGGGAGGCAUCCCUCCUGAGAAUCCUUCCGUCGAACGAGCCCCGACUCUUCCACCACGACCAGCGCAAGACUCCGACGAAAAGACCUCUGAAGCUCCAAAAUGCGAUACUUGCUCUGUACCUCAAAAAGCCGCCUCUACCAGAAGCAAAUCUCCUCCUACACCGAUCAAGGUCGACAAGACGCAACCAGAAGACUUUGAAGGCGAACUUGCGACCAACAACGAUCUACCCUCCGCCGAAACCCUCAAGAAGAUCGAAAACUACAUCGUUCUCGACAGACAUGGAAAAUCACACCCUUUCAAGACACUUUACACUGGUAGCAACGUUGCACGACGCGUGCUCAUCAUCUUUGUCAGGCAUUUCUUCUGUGGCAACUGCCAAGAGUUUCUGCGCUCUCUGUCCGAGGCUAUAACUCCCGAAGCUCUCUUGCGCCUACCAGUGAGCACAUUCAUUGCGGUCAUUGGAUGUGGUGAUCCUGCGCUCAUUGACAUGUCUCUUUUCGAUGCCCUUGGCAUGUCAAAGACGCUACAACUAGGCACCAAGCCAGCCUACAUGCGCCGAAGCAUGAUGCACAGCAUUGUGGGCAGUAUAGUCCAAGGAGUGAAGCAAAUCCCAACUGGAAACGUUCUCAAGAUGGGCGACCAGCGCCAAGUUGGCGGCGAAUUCCUCUUUGAACCGCGAGACAUCCUCACACCCGUCUCAACACCACGAAACGAAAAGGCGCAGCCCAUUAGCGCAUUUGAGGAGGCAGAAGAACAAGGCCCAGACCACGAUGGAAACGAAGAGAAGAGAGUCACAUGGUGCCAUCGCAUGAAGACGACGCGCGAUCACGCUGAGAUUCCUGAGCUCAUUGAAGUGCUGGGCCUGGAUCAGACCGCUACCGCUGGACGGGAUGUGAGUCGUGGUUCAAUCACUUCAGCGCGCAAGGGCAAGGGACAUAGCAUGGCGCAAGAGAUUCGCAAGCUGAGCGCGGAACGAUCUAGGACAUCGAACGAAACAUGA